CAGGUUGAAGCCCAUGCAUGUGUGGGAGCUAGGUUACAACGUGUUUGAUCGAGUUAAGUUAAACAAAUAAAAUUAACAAAUAUACGGUAUUAAUUUGCUGCAGUGUUAGACCAGUGUCAUGACGAUGAUACCCUUUUGAACAUCUUCACAUUGCAUCACGGGGACUUUUUUUUUUACACCAAGCACGUCCUACACGGAGAUAUGACUUCCGCAUCCGCUACGUAUUCGGUUUCGCGGGUCAGCAAAUAAAAGCUAUCGUUGUUUUAAUGGAAAGAUGUCAACCAACGAGAACAAAGUCACCACAGCGCGACAUCCAGACACAAGCAUGUCACUGCUGUUUAUGGUUGAGCAAGCUAUCAAGUCAUGCAAAGCUGAACAAGCCAAGAUUAACGACAGUAUACAACUCUACAGAGAACUAUUACACACCUUAACGCCACAACCAAAGACGGACUGUGAUGAGUCAGAAUGUGCAGAUGGUGCUGCUAUAGACACAGUUACCUCACCAGAGGAGAAAGAAGAUAUGGAAUUGCUUGAGCGAGCCCUGGAGAAAGCCCUCCGUGUCCGCACUGGCACAGGAUCUUCUAAAAAAGCCUCAAAAAAACAAUCUGCACCUCGAAAGGAACCCGGCACCACAGCUGUCACAUCCAAAGAGGGAAGGCAGGCAUCUGCAGCUUCUAAAGGAAAUCAGAUGACCACCAGAUCAACCUCUAAAUCUGCCAGCCUUGACAGAAAAGAGCACAAAAAGCCUGGUAUGUCAGUAUCCUCCACACUGGGCUCAAAACCUUCAGCUAGCUACAAUCCUGGACAGUGCAAAACCGCAAUCCAUAACCAGAACUGUCCUGUCUCUUCAGGUGGAAUUGUGCAUCGACAGGCAGCAGCAAGGAAAUCAGAGCAGGCUGUCUCAGCGUCUGGCUCUCUUGAUCAGGGUCAAUUACACACCUCAACCCUCCACUCUAAAAACCAGACUAUUAGAAGCAACGUGCUGAGUGGAAAUGACCUGGGCAGAGCUGCAGCUAUCUCCAUUCCUUCAGAUAACACUGUGCCUGUUUCACACACACAGGGGUCUGGAGCUCACAGUUUACUUCGACAGACUGGGAAAGCUUCUGAUCAAACUUCAAAAUGGAAAUCUCUGAGGAGCAAGCAAAACAGGUUAUGGGACAAAGUGGUUGCCCUACAGAGGAAACCUGCGCCUGGGAGGAGUCACUUCGUGGAGAGAAUGAGAGCCACGUUCCCCAAGGAUUGGCCAUGUGGCAGCCCGGAUCAGACCAGGGUUCUGGUCAACAGACUGACUCACACAGGGCAUGACCUCACCCAGCACUGCCAGACAAAAGAGCUUCUGGCCAUAGAGAUGCCAGAAGCAGCCACAGAGCUGGGUGGUAAGGCAAACAAGAAUGACUUCUUUCUGACACCUGAAAGGUUGUCGAUGACAGCAGCACAACUCCAGAACUUUGCAUACCAAGCGAAACAAGAGUGGGAAACAUGGGAUCGAUGGAGGCCAGAGGCAGGUUGUCUUUGCCCCACUGGGGCAAAUGGUGCGUGGGGAGAUGGGAUGAUUGCACCCCUGCCCCUGACUAUAACCUACACGACAGAGGCAGAGUUCAGAAAGCUGGAGAAGCUGAGGAUGAGUGUGGCACUGCUGCAACAGGAGAUGUACCUCGAGCAGGCUCUGUUGGACACUCUGUCCCCUCAUCUUUCGUCUAUAGUACCUGGGCCUGGAUGUCCCAGCCUCAAUGUGCUGAGAGGCAUGUACUCCCUGCUGGGUGAAGGAGGGGAGCGUUUCCCUGCCAUAGUCCUGGACUGUGAGCUUGACUGACUACAGAGCAUAUUACACUGAGUUACUAGUUAUACUCUGUUUACCUCCUCUUUACAUGCAUACGAUAAAUCAAAUAUUACCUCUCAGUAUAAUAAUAAUAAUACAGUGCAACAGCAGCUGAAUCAUAGCCCUCUGACACUGUCAAAAAAACUAGAACAUAAAGUUCACAACAAUAAAAUAAAUUGCAAGACCAUUAUAUUGGAUCGCUUUAGGGCAGGCAGGUGUACCUAAUAUAGUGGUAACUCGGUGUAUAUUUGUCCUAAAAUCAAGGUGAUUACUGUGAAGAAUCUGUUUUUUUCAUGUGCUGUGACUGUAUUUAUUUAGUGUCUGAUGCCAUGCAGUAACUUGCAUGACUGAAAAAGUCAUGUUUAUUUAUUUAUUGAUGUUUCUGACUGUGACGUCUAAUAUUUAAAGGUUGUUUUUUUUUCGUUUUAUUUUCAGAUAAUUUACUAAAUGGUUUAUUUAGCUUUAGAGGCUCCGAGAAUGUUCUCAACCCAUACAGGAACAUUAAACCCUUCAAUUUAUCUGAAAUAUUAAAUAUCACCAAAUUUGGAUUGGCAUGGAUUUACGAAUAAUGAGAUACAUUUACUACGUGAUAUCAGCAUGUGGCAAAUAGAUUUUACAGUCUGGAGUUUUGUAAUUCCAGUUGGUCUUCUCAGAAAUAUUUCAGUUUGAACAGUGUAGGUUUUUAUUUUUCUAAUGGUUCAAUGCUAGUUCCAUGUUUAAAUUCUAUUUUGAUUUAGAUUUUUGUUGUAUAAUUGUACUGCCUUAACACUAAUUAACGCCUAGAAUAAUGGAAAAACGUAACCCGAGGUCAGUAAUGGAGCUCUUGCAACACUGACUGUACCAGCAGAUGGCACUCAACUCACAGGAGAAGGGACCGUAGAACACACAGGUGACGAAUGUUAAUCGCUUGUUUAGUUAAUACUGUUGCACCAAAAGCAAUCAAUCAAUCGGAUUCAAUCCGUGACCUAGAAUUAUAUGUGGAAAUACGACUACCUUUCAUAAAAUACUAACAAGUAUUUUUUUUUUAAUGUACUUAUCAGUGUGCUGCAUGACUGUUGGCCUGCUGGUCUGUGGAUUUAAGUGAUUUUAAAGGAACUAUGGAGGGGCUUCAUCCUAUUUUAAUCCUGUCUUUCACCGAAAGCAGCAGGGACGCCAUGUCUUCAGGCUCAUCCUCCAUGUGUUCCAGUUUCUUCCUACUGUCUGGCAAAUUAAGGUUUCUGAAGAGCUCACAGAGGGUGAAUAAUUGUUUUUUUUUAGUCAUGAGACAGACUUGCAACCUUUCCAGUUUGUUUCAGUUCACGCUGAACCCCCAAUGCUCUACUAUAAUGUUUCUCCAUAUGAUGUGUUUGAUUUCCAUGCUGUGCUUUCAUAAUCUUGUAUACACUGAAUGAUAUAAAACACGUAUGGGGCCAAU